AGGAUUUCCAGCUAGGAUACCCAGCAUCUUUGCCUGUGUCUGCACUGUCCUGGAGUUGAUAGGGGGGGAGAAAGGAAGAAAAAAGGAAAAGAGGGGGGGGAGGAGGAUGGUGGAGAGACGAGUAGCAAAUGCUCAGGCUAAAAAAGAGACAAAACAAGUUCUCCCACCCUUAUGCUUUUUCCUUUCUCCACCUCCAGUAUAAGAUGUACCAUCCUUAGACAGGGUAAUUUCUAAGAGGUGGCUUUCCCCUCCAAUUUUUCCUGCUUGUAAGCUGGGAUGAGCGCCCAUGCAUGCAUGUAUGAGUACACACAGGCAAUAGAGGGAGCUUACCUACAAACACUGGUAGGAACCAUCUGUGGGAAUAUCUGCUGGCAGAGGCAAGAGAUAUCAUCAUGGAGAUUUCAUCAAAAGAAAAUACUCAGCUUUUCUCAAACACAAUCCCGCUUGUUGACCGAUCUUCAUUCAAAUCUGAAUCUUCCGCAUCCAAGGAAAAAGAGUCAUGUUGUGGAGGUAUAAAGGUUUUUCUUGGCGCAUUGUCUUUUGUUUAUUUUGCUAAAGCACUCUCAGGAAGUUAUCUAAAAAGCACUAUAACACAAGUAGAAAGAAGAUUUGAUAUCCCUUCCUCUUUGGUUGGCGUUAUUGAUGGCAGUUUUGAAAUUGGGAACCUCCUAAUCAUAAUUCUCGUAAGCUACUUUGGAGCGAAGCUUCACAGGCCAAGAAUAAUUGGAGCAGGCUGCUUAAUUAUGUCAGCUGGAACAUUCCUAAUUGCGAUGCCCCAGUUCUUCAUGGGACGAUAUGAAUAUGAAAGAUUCCCUUCCACCAUCAAUUCGACUGUUAGUAUCUCUCCAUGCCUGCAGGAUAAAAGCCAAACUCUGCUCUCUGCCUUGGAAAAACCUCAAGCAAAAAUAAAUGCAGGGUGUGAAAAAGGAGGCUCUUCCAUGUGGAUCUAUGUUUUACUGGGAAAUCUUUUGCGUGGAAUAGGUGAAACUCCUAUCCAGCCUCUGGGAAUUACAUACAUUGAUGAUUACACCAUUGAAGAAAAUGCUGCCUUAUACAUUGGCUGCCUACAGACAGUUGCAAUUAUAGGGCCAAUAUUUGGCUUUCUUCUAGGAUCCCUGUGUGCCAAACUUUAUGUUGACAUUGGCUUUGUAGAUCUGGACAGUAUAACAAUAACUCACAAGGAUGUGCAGUGGGUGGGAGCCUGGUGGCUGGGCUACUUAAUAGCAGGUGUGAUCAGUAUUCUGGCUGGCAUCCCCUUCUGGUUCCUGCCCAAGCACCUCCCGAAACCAGAGGGCAGGAAGGAUUCCAGUACCUCUUCCGAGCAGUCAGAGUUCAUCACUGAGGAUAACAAGGAUCAUCAAAAAUCUUAUCAGCAACAAGUGAAGAUUGCUGAGAUGGAAGACUUCUUGCCGUCACUGAAAAACCUCUUUGGGAAUCCAGUUUACAUUCUGUAUUUGUGUGCAAGUAUCAUGCAGUUCAAUUCUUUAAUUGGCAUGGUGACAUAUAAGCCAAAGUAUAUUGAACAGCAGUAUGGGCAAACAUCUUCAAAAACUAAUUUUGUUAUAGGUCUUAUCAACAUUCCUGCUGUGGCCUUUGGCAUAUUCUCUGGAGGGCUGAUCAUGAAAAAAUUCAGAAUCAAUGUUUUAGGGGCUGCAAAACUCUCCCUGGGAUCAUCUUUCUUUGGUUACCUUUUGCUCCUGUCAUUAUUUGCAAUGGGCUGUGAGAACUCAGAUGUGGCUGGACUGACCGUGUCAUACUAUGGAGCUAAACAAAUGACUGAUAACGAGCAAGCCCUGUACUCAGAGUGCAACUCAGGCUGCGCAUGUUCCAAGAAUGACUGGGACCCCAUCUGCGGGGAAAAUGGAGUCACCUACAUUUCUGCUUGUCUCGCUGGCUGCCAGGCAUCCAAUGGCAGUGGGGAACACACUGUAUUUUUUAACUGCAGCUGUGUGGGAACCUUGGAAUCUCCUUCACAAAGCUCCUCAGCUGUGGUGGGACCAUGCCAAAAAGGAAAUGAGUGUCCAAAAAUGUUUCUGUAUUUUCUAGUAAUAUCUGUUAUCACUUCAUAUACUUUGUCAGUAGGUGGCACACCUGGGUACAUACUGCUUCUAAGGUGCAUUAAACCGCACUUGAAAUCAUUUGCACUUGGUAUCUAUACCCUGGCAAUAAGAGUACUUGCGGGAAUUCCAGCCCCAGUAUAUUUUGGAAUGGCCAUAGAUACCUCUUGCCUGAAAUGGGGAAGCAAAAGAUGUGGCGGAAGAGGAGCGUGCAAACUCUAUGACUCCAGUGCACUCAGGUAUGUGUACCUGGGGCUGACUUUGGUGUUGGGCACGGUGUCCAUUUUCUUCAGUGUUGCUGUCCUUUGGGUUCUCCGGAAAAGGUCUUCUCCACAAGAUGAGACCCUCUCAGCCAACGGGGAGAGAGGCACCCGUGGGACAAAGAGCAGGAAAGCUAAUUUUGUCAAUAGUGACCAUUUAAUUCAGACAACUUACUGGCCAGAAAAGGAGACUAGGCUUUAGGAAGACUGAGAUCUCCACCACGAAUUUACCCAGUCGGUGGUGUUCCAGGCAAAAAGUCAUCAUCAAUGAAGCAGUAUCUUAGCAUCCACCCUGAAAACAUUCACCUUCAUGUAAUUUUCCAAAAGCAAAGACAACCAUUUUAGCACAUGUACAGCUCUGAAAACACUGCUCAACGUUUGUCCUGCUCAGUCUGCAUCACUCAAGUGAGGUGAUUCGUAAAGGCUGGGAAGGUUCAGCUUUCGCCCCUGAUAAGAAGUUGGUUCUAUGGCUGCCCUUUAGCUCAAUCCCUUCUCAUCAAACUGCAACAGCCACUGCUGCCCCUGAGCCUCUUCCUGUGUGUGAGGGGUAGUGGGGAGGCUGCAACAUAACUCUCUCCACCAAGGUAUCAGCCCAUGAGGAGCUGGUGCACAAAACCUGACUUGGCAACCUGGAAGGUGCAGGGAUAUCCUGCACAUAGCUCGCCCCUGCAAGCAGUGCAGCACGGGGCAGGGGAAGAGUGGUUUGCCAGAAAGACAAAUCAGCUACGGGCUCUGGGCAUCCCAUGAAUUCAACCCAUAACAUGCAGCACAUCAAAUGUUGUAGUUAGGGAUUCUUUUUCAAGUAGCUCUAUUAUAGCACAACAAUUGCAGCAAUAAAAGUUGUCAUUGCAGUCAAAGAGAUCAUAUGAGUAUCGUCCAAAAGAAACUGGAAUAAACCCAGAGCUUUUUUAGGUUUCCAGCAGUUUCUUGCUACUUGCUAGUACUCAGUCAACUGAAUAAUUCCAUGCAUUUUAUGCAAUGUAGUAACACCAUGAUACAAGAUACAUAUGAUUUGCUUUUUAAAAAGCUAUGACAAGACAGCUUGGGAACAAUAAAAAGAAUUCAAAGA